AUGCUGGCCGUGGAUGCCACCUUCAAACUGAUAUGGCAAGUGCGCUAUGCUGAUCUGGACGCCAGUUUAGCCCAGGCAUUAGAAUUCAGGAUCCUGUCGGAAUACCACAAGGAUCGUUUCGCUUCACUUCAACGUCGUCAUCAAGAGAGCGCUCAGCAGCAGCAGCAGGAGUCGUCCCCCUUCCUGGGUGGUCCGCAGUCGUCUCGGUUCCUGAAUUCGAUACCCUUUGAAUCUGUGGCCAGUCGCUCGUUCGUGGACCUCGAGGCUGGCGAACAGGGCGAGGUUGUGAAGGAAGCUGCACAACCGUCAAAGGCUGCUAAGAAGAGGAAGAAGCGGCAGGCUAAGAAGGCGGCGACAGCGAAGUCCGAGGGAGUGGUUACUAAGGCGAAAGGUUCGAACUCGAAUGGCGAAGCGAAGCAGUUGAACAAGACUGGUGCAGUAGUGAAUAGUAGUACGGUGUCGACUAUUGUGUCCCCUGGAGGGUCCUCCUCCUCAAUUUCUCGAUCGAGAUCGCCAUCGGAAGCAUCAUCAUCAUCGUCGUCCUCUACGGACUCCUUGAUAACACCAGUGCAUGAGAGUACGUUGGUACGAGCGAAGACGGCUAUUGAGUCUCUGGCCAUGAAAGCCCCUAUAGUGGUGGUGCCUUCGGGAGUUGACGAUGAGGAGGAGGAUGAUGAUGGAGAAUGGCAGACUGUUGGGAAGAGCAAAUCCAACAACCGGUCAUCCCUUCCCAGUGCCGAGCGGAAAAAACAGCAGUCAAGUAAGGGCCCUUCGACUCGAGGGAAGGCAGCAGCUGUGGGGCCACGCACAGCGAAGGAUACGUCAAAUGGUAGUGCACCGAAGACGACAUCCAAGGUGAGGUCCGUAGAGCCAGCACGAAGGACAAACGGCGAGAUAGAGGCUGCGUUGAAGCGAGAGACCUCUGUUAAAGUGAAACGAACGUUUUAUGAGUUCUAUGUGCCUGAUUCCACCGACUUGUUCAGCGUGGCUCGCCAACAGCUUGGACUGCGCUCUAGUGAGGCCCCCUUCUGAGAAGUGCCCUUCUGUUACUCUUCCUAUCGUCGCUGUCUUCUUAUCAUUCGUUACUUUUCCGCAUGUGACCCCAACUACAGUCGUAAUAUUGAUCAGCAUACUGAGUUCGAUUCAGUGCCAUUCCCCCCUCUCUUUGUAGUGUCUCUAGUCUUUGGCAAAAAUAACUACUAGAUGCUACUAUCAAUAGUAAACAAUAGUAAUAGGUUAGAACGAUGAUACUUUUCCCU